AUGGUUCCCCAGAAGAAGCCUUACACUGUAGCCACCCUCUUCUUCCUCGCAUUGUUCCUCAUCUCCAUCAUCUUCUUCUUCUCCACCAGAACAACACUUCACACCGCUCCCUUCAUCCACUCAGAUCUCUACCUCCGCAUCCAACCUCGUUCCCCUCCUCCUCCUUCUCCUCCUCCUCCUCCUCCGCUCCCACACUCCUCCCCUGCGACCGCUCAAAUUCUGCCCGUCGCUCACACUUUCGAUGUCACCGACGCCGAAUCUGAUGCCCAACCAGUUACGGAGGUGACGGAGGUAACGGAAACUGUUGCCGACAAUGCGGCAUUGAAUAAGAAGGAGUGCGAUUUGUUCACGGGAACGUGGGUGAGGGAUGAUAAUUACCCAAUUUACCAACCAGGUUCUUGCCCUUACGUGGACGAGGCCUACGACUGCAAAGUUAACGGAAGAACCGACACUCUAUACACCAAAUGGCGCUGGAAGCCUGAUGCAUGUGAUCUUCCCAGGUUUAAUGCGACGGACUUCUUGGUAAGACUGAGAGGUAAAAGACUGAUGCUGGUUGGAGAUUCUAUGAACCGGAACCAAUUUGAGUCCAUUCUAUGCGUACUACGUGAAGGACUGCAUAAUAAGAGCAGAAUGUAUGAGAUACACGGACACAAAAUAACAAAAGGAAGAGGCUACUUUGUUUUUAAAUUUGAGGACUAUGAUUGCUCAGUGGUAUUUGUGAGAUCUCAUUUCCUUGUGAAGGAAGGAAUUCGUCUUAAUGGGCAAGGGAACUCAAAUCCUACAUUGUCAAUAGAUCGGAUUGACAAGACAUCUGGUCGUUGGAAGAAGGCUGAUAUUCUUGUCUUCAAUACUGGACACUGGUGGACUCAUGGAAAAACUGCGCGAGGGAUAAAUUACUAUAAAGAAGGUGAUUACCUAUAUCCAAAAUUUGAUGCAGUUGAGGCUUACAGAAAGGCUAUAAAUACCUGGGCAAAAUGGAUCGAUCAUAAUAUCAAUCCACGUAAACAGAUUGUCUACUAUCGUGGAUAUUCUAAUGCCCAUUUCAGGGGUGGGGACUGGGACUCAGGUGGGUCAUGCAAUGGUGAAACUGAACCAGUUUUUAAUGGUUCCAUCCUGAACAACUAUCCUUUGAAAAUGAAGAUAGUAGAGGAAGUCAUCCAGGGGAUGAAGUUUCCAGUAAAGUUGUUAAAUGUAACAAAGCUGACUAAUUUUCGGAAGGAUGGUCACCCAUCUGUCUAUGGCAAGAACACAAUGGGCGGAAAGAAAGUCUCUACAAGGAAGCAAGAUUGCAGCCAUUGGUGUCUUCCUGGGGUCCCUGAUGCAUGGAAUGAGUUAAUUUAUGCCACUCUCGUUUUUCAACAAACAAAAUCAAGGCAUUGA